AUGAAUUCUAGAUCAAAAGGAGUCCUAGGAGUAUCAAGUUCUUUAUCUUCAAAGGGUUAGGAAAAGAGUCGCACAAAUAUGGUCUCACCUACGAGGAAUAAUUAGGAAAAGCAGUCUACUUCAUCAAAUGCUAGACAAGCAGAGCUUUAACCAAACAACAGUCAAAAGAUGGUUGUUACUUCUAAGAACCCUUCUAUAUCGUUAAAGCCGAAUGAUAAAAAGUAAACAGCAAACAUUUCUCUCCAACCUGCAAAGUCUCCAUCUGCGCAAAUAAGUUUAAGCAACAUUAACUCCUAAGAGCCUAAAAAAGUUUAGGCAAGUUAACAAAGCGAUAAUUAAAUUAUUCCAGAGUAGAGUCCCCUGAAUUAGCUUGAUAUUUCAGGAAUAACACCAAUUGAUAAAGUAGAAAAUCCAGCCUCUAGCAGUGCAAACUAAAAAAAUACGUUUAGCUUUAAUCUCCCUGGAAUUACUGUAACUAAUUUAACAAACUAAGUUACUAAUAGUAGUACAAACAAUAAUGUAAGCAAUAAUAACACUAAUUUAAGCAUAAACAAUGGUACAGCUAGUUAAGCAAACUAAGGAUAAAUAUUAAAAAAAGCAGUAAGCAUAAAUUAGCCAUCAUAGUUAUUAUAAAGCAGUUAGAACUUCAAUUAACUCCAAAAAAGCCCAAGCAAAAACUAUUCAAGCAUGACACCAAAUCUUACAAGUAAAAAUCCUACUAAUGGAAAUUUGAUUAGCAGUAUUAACUUAGGAACAGCAAAUUAAGCUUAAAAUGCUACUAAUAAUAUAAAUAUAUCAACAUUAAAUGGAUUUGCUGAUGCUAAAAGUGCUGCUUUUAAUGAUCUUAGUUCUCCUAACUAAGCUAUGGAUUAAAGCGUUAACUUUGAGGUUCUUAAACAGUUUGAUUAGAAGUAGAAAUCAAGCAAUAUUAAAACUUUUAUAAGAGUAAGACCUUUAAAUAAAAUGGAAAUUGAAUUUAAUGAAAAUGGAAUGGGAAAUGAAAAUCUUCGUUUUAACGAUACAAAAACUAUUUGUGUUAUGCCUGAAAAAGGUUUAUAUACCCUCGAUAAAGUAUAUCCUCCUGAUACAUAAUAAGAAUAAAUUUAUGAAGAUGUCGGAAGAGAAAUGGUUAAUGAUGUGCUCUAAGGAUACAACGGUACUAUAUUUGCAUAUGGUCCUACAGGUUCUGGUAAGACCUAUACUAUGUUUGGUGAUGUUAAUGAUCCCAAGCAAAAAGGUAUUAUUCCUCGUGUCAGCAACCAGAUCUUCAGUUAUAUUAAUGCACUCGAUUAAGAUAUUGAAUUCAGUAUUACAGUAAGCAUGUUAGAAAUUUAUAAAGAGUAGCUUUUCGAUUUGCUAAAAGUUGAUAGAGUUAAUUUAAAAAUUAAAGAAAAUCCACAAAAAGGUGGUAUUUAUGUAUAAGGUUUAACAGCAAUUUCUGUCGAUUGUGAAGAGGAUAUUUUAGAUGCAAUAAAUUUAGGUUAUUAAAGUAAGCAGACACGUGAAACAAGAAUGAAUGAAUACUCAUCUCGUUCUCAUACAAUUUUUACUAUCACUGUUACAUAAAGAUAUAGCAAUGGUUAAGAAAAGUUAGGUAAAUUGAAUUUAGUUGAUCUUGCAGGUUCAGAAAAGAUAGCCAAAACUCAAGCAACUGGCGAAACUCUAGAAGAAGCUAAAAAAAUUAACCUUUCUCUUUCUUGUCUUGGUAAUGUUAUUCAUGCUUUAACUUCUAACUAAGAACAUAUUCCUUACAGAGAUUCAAAACUGACUAGAAUUUUGUAAGAAUCACUUGGUGGUAACUAUAAGACAUCACUAGUAGCUGCUAUUUCACCACAUUCUAGUUAGCAUGAAGAGCAGAUAAGUACUCUAAAAUUCGCUACUCGUGCUAAGACAAUAAAAAAUAAUGUUAAGAUGAAUGUCAAAUUAUCGGUAGAUUAAAUGAGAAAACUUAUAGAGUAGCUAAAAACAGAACUUGAAAAGGCAUAAAAGUAGAAUAAUAAUUUCAAAAAAAUCAUUAAAUAGCUGAGAGAUUAAUUAAAAUCUAACUAAUAAUCUAUGCUGCUUUCUGUCAAGGAAGGAAGAGCUACACCUGAGCAGUAAUAGUAGGCCAUUUAACAAAAUAUGAAAGCAUUAGAAGACAUACUUAAUUGCUCAGAAUUAGCUGAGAAUAUGGAAGAUGCCUAAACAGCAAAAGAGGGCAAUCUAAAAAAUAAUAAUUCAAAAUCUUAUGAAGAUUCAGAGUUAGAUGAGAGUCAAAUAAACAAUGUUAAUGGUAAUAAUAAUAACAAUAUUCUAUCAAGCGAGACUGCUAUUGAAAAAUAAGUUUAGUUUAGUUAAUUUAGUGGAAAGAGACCAAGCUCGACCUAAAAAAAUAUUUAAAAUAUGGCUCAAUUAUAGUAGCAAUAAUAAUCCUCCUCAUCAGUUAAAGGUCCUGCUUUGAACCUUGACUAUAAGCUUGCCUACUAAGAAAAAGUUAGUUAAUGCAGAAACUUAGAAAAAGAAAUUAUGGAACUCAAAAAAAUUUAGCUAGAAACUGAAAGAUCCCUUGCUGAUGUGCGUGAGGAGAAGCACAAAUUAGAAUAUAAUCAUUCUCAAUAAAUAACUAAAAAUGAUUAUAAUAGAUUUGAAAUUGAAAUUUUACACAAGCAAAUUUAGUCUUUAGUUGAUAAUAUCUGCAAGCAAGAAAACUCAAUAGGUGUUUUAAUGAAAGAAAAAUAAGAAAUUUCAUAAAAGAAGGUUGAAGAAUUUUUAAAGGAUAAAUUAAAUUUCUCUGAAAUUCACUUCUCUGAAUACUUCAAAAAUAGCAUCAACUUUAACUACGAUAAUCUUGUUUAAAAAUGGGCAGAUGUAUAAAAAAAUAUGAAACAAAUCGGGGUUGAUGACUAGGAGUUAUUUAAGUCUUAAGCUGAGUUUUCAGUGCUAGACGAUGAUAGAUUUAAGUCAGCAAGAAGAGAAAGCUCUAAUUCGAAACCAGCCGAUGAUUAAUUAAGAGGAUCUUUUAUUGGAGAGCUUGAUUUCAAUAAGGUUUGCAAUACAUAAGAUGUUUUAGAAUAAAUUGUAGAAUUUCCUGGUUAACUAGAGUAGUACAGUUAACAAGUUCCUAUAUCAAGAGAUUUAAUGAUAAUUUUGCUUAAAAAAUAACUUUUCAACUCUCAUUUAAUUAAUUAGCAUCUUGCUAGAACUAUUAACGCUUUAGAAUGGAAAUAAAUUAUAGAAUAUGGAAAGGCCAAGAUGAAAUCUAUUUUAAAUAAGAUACAAACAAAGCACAUUUAAAAGCUUGAAUAAGUUAUUAAUGAGGCUAAUUAUAAUUAUAAAUAGUUAAGAAAUAGAAUAGAGCAAGUUGAGUUAGAAACUUAGUUUGUAAAAGAAAAGAUAAAUACUUACUAAGAAUUCGCACCCAAGAAAUCAAGAAUUAUUAAAGACACUGAGUCUAUCAGAAAUCUCUUAAUGAAACCCUCUAACGAUACAAUUAGAAAAAGUUUAAGGGGAAGCUUUAUAGGAUUUUAGUUAGAUAUUGAAAAAACAACUGACAGUCCUAUAAUGAAGGAGCUAAAGGAAGUUGAUGAAGUUAUCUCAAAAGAUCUGAUUCCUUUAACAUACGAUAGAGCAAUUGAAGAAUUAAAACAAAGAAAUACCCUUAUUAAAAGAACUUACUAAGAGCUAAAAGGAAAUUUCUUUAAUGGUAUCAAUCAGGAAUUCAUAGAAUAAGUAUUAAAAGAAAAAGAAAGACUUGAAGGAAAAAUAUCAAUUCUUCAGAAUGAAUUAAAAAUGGAAACAUCUAAAUCAGAGCAUUAUGCUGAUGCAUAUAAAGCUGAAAAGCAAAACUUUUAGCUUCAAAAAGAUUAAACUAAGGAAUUAGAAUAAUUUUUAGUCAACAAAAUGAAAGAAGAAACAGAGUUGAUGGAAAAGACAUAAAAGAAAAUUACUGACCAGCAUGAAAAAGAAAUUUUAAAGUACCAGCAGAGUUUCUUGAGAAUUUACGAUAAGUUUGGCGAAUUCAUAAAGACUUGCAUCACAAAGUUAUCAGACAUGAAAUCAAAGCCAUAAAACAUUGCUGCUAAUCAAAUUGACUCUCUAUACUCUGAAAUAAUGAGAAUUAAAGAUAUUUACAAUAAAACAUUUAAUUAAGAUGGUGAAAUUAAUGGUAACUAAUCUCCUUAAUCUGUAAAUGUAAGAUUUAAUCCUAAUAGUAUGAUAUUUAAGUCAUUUGAAGGAAGCAUAGACUCUGUGUAUCCUUUCACCUCUAGUAAUGCAAUCAAAAUCGAUGAUGAUAAUAUCAAAUAAUAACCUAUCGAAUAAAGAUCUAGUAUUCAGCUAGCAGCUGAUGAAACAAAAGAUGCUAAUCAAAAUGGAAAUGCUAAAAAGGUUACUUCAUUAGGGAAUACAGCUAUUUCUCCUUCAAGAAGUCCAUAAGAUCUAAUUUCUAAAUAAAAUACAUAAAGUGUACCUAAAAAUAAUAAUUACAUAGGACAGGACCACGCUUAGUCUCCUAACACAAAUUUAUAACAAAAUGCUACUUUCGCUUAAUAUAGUAGCAGCCAAACACAUCAUAAAGGAACUUCAGCAGGCAGUAAACUUAGCUAUACUCCGACAAGCUAUUAAUCAGGUCUAGCAAGUCCUACAUAUUCAAAUAAUACUUCAAAUGCAAUUAAUAACUCAAAUAAAUCUAAAUAAAACACAAACCCUUCUUCGACCAACACAUCGAAGUCUAACUCUUAUUCUUCUUAAGGUCUUUUUGGGUAUAGGAAAUAUUGA